AUGGAUAGCAAGAAUUUCCGCAAAUGUGCCCCUUUUGCUAACAUUCAAAUCGAGCUCAACGACGUGUACACCUCUGUUUCUCCGGAGGAAACACUGACAUUUGUUCCCAUUGUCCCACAAUGCCGUGUAUCCGGUAGAAGCCACAAAAUGCGCCGUGUAUGCGAAUGUCGAAAACAGAAUGAGGUUAGCACAGAAGAAUUAAAACGGGUGUGGCUGUCACCUGGCCCAAAGGAUGGGACAUUCGUGAUUGAUUCGAUGCUUUAA